AUGAAACGCCAAAAGAGAAAUGAAGAUUCUGAGAAAUUUGAUAAAGCUUUUGAAAUACUGUCACAAGCAUCAACAAAAGCAAGUAACACACAGGAGCAAAACGAAUGUCACAUAUUUGGAAACCUUGUGGCUAAAAAACUGGCCAAAUAUUCUCCUGAAUUACAAAGUACUGUACAACAAGAUAUUAUGAAUGUUUUGUUUAAAGCAGACAGGAUCUAUCUCAAACAAAGUUCAACCAAUUUUGAUCAUUCGCAAUCAUACCGUACUUACACUCUUCAGUCAUUAUUUCCAAAUUCUAUGCCACAACAGUCUCAACUCUAUGAGGAUAGCCAAGUUUCCAACGUUUCGAAUUUUACUCUACAGCAAUCACAGUUACCAUCUCCAGCAUACACUUAUGCUAGUUCUAGUAUUUCAAAUUAUUCAAGUCGCACUACUCCAUUCAAUUCUUCAGGACACCAAGCAUUGGAUAUGCCCGAUAUUUUAGAGAAUUUAUAG